AUGAUGAAUAUCUGGCGCUUUUUCCCCGGCAUGUCGGAUUUUUUCUACGCUGGCAAGGAGAAAUUGAAUAGUUCGGAGUGUAACCAUGGAGUGAACCUCAUGAAAUUCAGGGAACUGCCGAUCGGACCUCUCUCAAAAGGUAAUGAACCUGCACCUCGCAGUGGCCAUAGAAUAUUUUUGGACAACGAGUUUCUUUACGUCGUUGGAGGAUUUGAUAGGACUGCGGACGAGCAAGGUGGCAAAAUCUAUAGAGAGGUUUGGAAGUAUAACUUAUUGACACAAGAAUGGACAGAGAUGGAUCUUCUUGGUAAUUUCCCAACCGCGCUAGCUUCGUUUGCUUUGGUGCAGAGUUUACCGUAUUCGAACCAAGUUGUGCUUUUCGGAGGCACUGCUGUACCGUUCGGAGCAUCAACUUCUUCCAGUGUUCAUCUGCUCUCUUUCCACAACACCUCCAAUUCGAUCGUUUCCACGCUACUACCUGUGGAAGGGGAGAAACUAGCUACUUACGGGCACGCUAUGUUGCGCGGUUCGGAUCCAUGUACCUUCUAUGUGAUCGGUGGCACCACAGGACACAAUUUUUUCCUAGACGUUGACAAAUUAACUUUCGAAGAUGGCAAAUGGAGAUGGACAAGUGAAGCACAAGCGACCCCGAACAUGGAAGGACGCUACCGCCUUGAAGCGGUUCUACAUGAUGACCUAAUCUUCCUUUUCGGUGGUGGUCGUCCUGAUUACGUCACUGAACUUCGCACGAUUACGGUAUUUGAUACCAAGAAAAAAGUGUUCGUGGACUUACCAACUCUUCCCGAUGAAAGUGCAGGCAAUGGGAAUUGGGAAGAUGGAUACCCCAAAGGGAGAAGGUGUCAUUCGGUGACGAAAUGGAAGAGAAAGGCCAUUCUCAUCGGCGGUUGCAGCGCUGAUAAAGACGACGAUGAUGUUAGACACGUGGACAUGUACAGCGAUGUGUGGUCGUUCGACUUGGACACCCAUCAGUGGAAGAAAAUGCCAUUUGAGCUGGCUACCCCAGUGUUCUUCCACGAUGCAGCAAUUACGAAGGAAGGAUGUCUCUUGGUCUGGGGCGGAGUACGUGACAUCUACAGUUCGCAUCGAACAAAUAUCGGCCAAUAUUGUUACCUGGAACCUCCUUCUCUGAAAACUUUGGCUGCCCUUUCACUACGACCGUACAUAUACUACAAGACCAUCGAGGAAGCUAACAACUUGCGAUUUUCGUGUGUGAUGGAUGUCGUGCGAGGUAUAUGCAGUAACCAGCGUUCCAAUAGUUCGUCGCCAACAAUCAGUGAAGCUUCUACGAAUUGA